UGAAUGUAAACAAACAAUAUUUACCGCUAGCCGCAAGCCACAAGUUAUCAAAAAUUGGUCUUUUUCAUUGGUUUUUCUACAUUUCUCGAGUGAUUAAUUGACCUCGAAGCCCUUGAUCAAUCUUCAACAUGCAGCGCAACCUUACACAGUCGAAGGAAGCACUCCUGAAGUCAUACAACACUCGGCUAAAGGAAGAUGUCCGGAGUAUGCUGGAAAAUUUCGAAGAAAUCGUUCGUCUUGCCAAAGGGGAAAACGAAACACAACUAUCCAAAAUGACACAAUGCGAACAGGACACCUAUGAAAUGCAAGUCCGCGCUUCCAAUAUAGUCCGCGCAGGAGAAUCGCUGAUGAAGCUUGUUUCGGACAUCAAACAGUACCUGAUACUGAACGAUUUCCACUCGGUGAACGAUGCCAUCUGUACAAGCUCGCAGCUGUAUCGGAGCACUCAGAUGGAUCGGGACAACAAGCUGAUGGCCGUGCGGGACGAUAUGGCGGCGGAUCUGUACGAUCUGGAGGAGGAGUACUACACUAGUAUCUAUAAGUAAAGUGUGGUGAAGUGUGCAGGAAGCUAAGGUUCGUAUGCGUGAUUUAUCAUAUGUGUUUGCGAAAGUUGUCGCGAUUGGGAGACUGAAAUGAUUCAAUAUUAUUAUUUAUCCAUAAA